CAUGAGGAAAUAAUUGACUUUUAUAACUUCAUGUCCCCGUGUCCCGAAGAAGCAGCCAUGAGAAGGGAGGUGGUGAAACGGAUCGAAACUGUGGUUAAAGACCUCUGGCCAACGGCAGAUGUGCAGAUAUUUGGCAGCUUUAGUACAGGUCUCUAUCUUCCAACGAGUGACAUAGACCUGGUGGUCUUUGGAAAGUGGGAGCGUCCUCCACUGCAGCUCCUGGAGCAGGCCCUGCGGAAGCACAAUGUGGCUGAGCCAUGCUCCAUCAAAGUCCUUGACAAAGCCACCGUACCGAUAAUAAAGCUCACAGAUCAGGAGACUGAAGUUAAAGUGGACAUCAGUUUUAACAUGGAGACUGGUGUCCGGGCAGCAGAGUUCAUCAAGAACUACAUGAAGAAGUACUCAUUGCUGCCUUACUUGAUUUUAGUAUUGAAACAGUUCCUCCUGCAGAGGGACCUGAAUGAGGUCUUUACAGGCGGAAUCAGCUCGUACAGCCUCAUUUUAAUGGCUAUCAGCUUCCUACAGUUGCAUCCAAGAAUUGAUGCCCGGAGAGCUGAUGAGAACCUUGGAAUGCUUCUUGUAGAAUUUUUUGAACUCUACGGAAGAAAUUUUAAUUACUUGAAGACUGGUAUUAGAAUAAAAGAAGGAGGUGCCUAUAUCGCCAAAGAAGAGAUCAUGAAAGCCAUGACCAGUGGGUACAGACCGUCGAUGCUGUGCAUUGAGGACCCCUUGCUGCCAGGGAAUGAUGUUGGCCGGAGCUCCUAUGGGGCCAUGCAGGUGAAGCAGGUGUUUGACUACGCCUACAUUGUGCUCAGCCAUGCUGUGUCGCCACUUGCCAGAUCCUAUCCCAACAGGGAUUCUGAAAGUACUUUAGGAAGAAUCAUCAAAGUCACUCAGGAGGUGAUCGACUACCGGAGGUGGAUCAAAGAGAAGUGGGGUGGCAGGACCCACCUGUCUCCAGAGCUCGACAACAGGAUUAAGACAAAGGAGCGAAUCGGCACGUGCAAUGGGGAGCAGGCACAGAGCCUGGAGCCCGGCUCACCCUACAGCCAGCGCCUGACUUUGUCCCUGUCCAGUCCCCAGCUCCUCUCCUCGGGCUCUUCCGCUUCUUCCGUGUCCUCACUUUCAGGGAGCGAUAUUGACUCAGACACACCGCCCUGCAGCACACCCAGCGUUUACCAGUUCAGCCUACAAGCACCGACCGCGCUGGUGGCCACCCUACCCACUGCCUUGCCGAUGCCCAGUGGCAAGGCUCAGCCCAGCACUUCCAGAACACUGAUCAUGACAGCCAACAAUCAGACCAGGUUUGCGAUCCCUCCGCCCACCCUCGGGGUGUCCCCGGUUCCCUGCAGACAGGCUGGCGUUGAAGGAACCACCUCCUUGAAGGCUGUCCACCACGUGUCCUCCCCGGCCAUCCCCUCCACGUCCCCCAACCCGCUGUCCAGUCCUCACGUGUACCACAAGCAGCACAACGGCAUGAAACUUUCCAUGAAAGGCUCCCACAGCCACGCCCAGAGCGGUGGCUACAGCUCUGUGGGCAGCGGAGGUGUGCGGCCCCCGGUGGGCAACCGGGGGCACCAUCAGUACAACCGCACCGGCUGGAGGAGGAAAAAGCACGCGCACACGAGGGACAGCCUGCCCGUGAGUCUGAGCAGAUAAUGGCUCCUGUCUGUGUCCGUCCUGGACUGCCCCCGCCCUGGGCACUGCAGGGAACUAAGACCAGCAUCCAGCACCUCAGCCGUGGGCCAGAGCGCCCGCCCCGCCCGCCCGCCCGCCCGCCGCUGAUCACUCUGCAUGUUUCUCUGUGUGGUGGUCGCGUCCAUCUUCCAGAACAGCUCCCCGUGCUCAUCUGUGAAGCCUUAUUCAACACGGACAUGUGUCUGCCCGUCUGCCGGGGGCCGCGCCGUGCGGGUGGGGCGGGUUUGGGAGCACGGGGUGCGUGCUCCGUGGCCCUGCCGUGGCCCCGUGCGUGUCCGCGCUCGGGGCGUGGCGCUUCCGUGGCGGGCCUGUCGCGGGGGUCGGCCCCUCCUGGCGCUCUUGCGUUCCUGCUGGGGAGGCCGGUCAGAGGCCAUCGUUUUACUGCCCUCACAUCUUGUUUGAAACUCUGGAACUGUUUUUCUAUGUAAAUAUUGAAAACUUAUGAUUUGUGCAAUAACUCAGAUAUUUUUUAUUUAAUUUCAUAUUUUCACAUAAGUUAUAUUUAAGGGAGGAGGGAAUUUUUUUUUAAACAAGCGUAGAUCCUUUCCCAAGUUGCAUUUUCUAAGUUGGGUUCAUCAUGUUGGCUGGUUGUCUGACGGGCAUCAUCGCAAACACCGUAACGCGAGGGUCUGGGCUUUAUUUUGUGUCUUUUCUUUUGGUCAGAUGUGCGGAAGGAGCGGCGUGGCCUGGGUGGGUCUCGGAGCCCCGAGGCAGGCCGCGGGCUGAGGGGCUGUUCUGACCAGGAGUUCUGCUGUUUUGGUUCUUUUAAACUAGACAACAAAUCCAGCAUUUAAAGUGCCAGAAGUAUAACUCUCUAAGGGGAGGAAAGGUUGUUAGAUCUUUAAGCAAAAUGUGAACUUGGAAGCGCUCGGCUCCGCGGAGUCGCGUGGCGUGGCGUGGCGGGCCGGCGUGGCGCCCGGAAGGCGCGCCCAGUUUUAGGAAUGUGGAGAAAGGAAUUCUGUUGAUUCCGUGGAGGAAUCUGCAUAGCAGUAUGCAUUCGUUCUGUUAAGAGCAACUAUUCCCGAAGUACCUCCACUGCUCGGGGCAGGCGGGGAGUAUCUUCACGUAUCGCAGGAGAGCACAGCCCCGCGUGGGCCCAGGAGCGUCCGAAGCAUACCGGUAUCCUAUGCAAGUGUAUUCUGCCACAACAACCACUGUCUUUCUUACCUUUUUCUGAACAAGAAUAUAUCCAUCCUGCCGAACCCUGAAUGUUCAGAGCACUAUGGUUGUCCCGGGAGUUGGUUGCAUCUUGCAGGCCCUCUGACGUCCUGUUUUGAAAACGGGGGGUCUGGCCCUGCUAAACACUACAGGUAGGUUGGUGUUGGAAGUCCGCUAGCGGAGAGCGCGGAGAUCAGAGGCUGGAGGCCCUGCCCCCGAACGGCGUGCGGCAGUGGCUGUCCUCGCCGGGCGCCGGGGGCUGUGGCCACCGGCACAGCAAGCUGUGCGCGGGGCCGCCGCUCCAAGCGGGGCCCCUCCAUCUUCUACCCGAGCAGUCCGGCUGUUUACGGACCUCGGGCGCCUGGAGGCCUCGCAGAGCGGAGCCGCACGCGUGCACACAUGCGGGGUCUGUAGUCGAGAGGAUUAGAGUCAUCCAAAAUAUUUAAAAAUAUUUAAAUCGUGAACCUAUUGAUAAAGCAUAUUUAUCAACACUGAUCCUUAGGCCUGUACUAAUCUCUACACAUUAGCAAUAUUGACUGUAAACCUGCGAAAGGAAGCCACUGCGGGCCCAGGCGCGUGCCCGCGGCAUGUAGGUGUGCGUUUUAAAGGUUGUUCCCUAGACACAGGUACCAUGUCCAUUCCUGUCACGGUGAACCAAAUGAAUUGGCCUGGCUACCACGGCAGUGUGCGCUGCAGGUUUCACAGAGUUACCAUGUUCCGAUUUAUGUGUGAGUGUGUGGACAACAAUGUGGAAGCUAAAAUUGACAUAUUUUUAUGUAAAGUUUUUCUAUUCUUUGAUUUUUAAUAAACUUUGAAAAUCAG